AUGGAUACGCACGUAGAGUGGCAAUUCUCAUCCUUCUUUUUCUUCGUUGCUAUUGCCUCCUUGAUCCUAGUCAAACGACAUAAUGAGGAGUCAUCGACUCUAUCGCUCCUCAGUGGCCGCCUCGCUCCCGAGGCGCCCCAUAAUAUUGAGCCUCCCUGGUUAACGGAGCGGAUCAUACAGUUCUGGCAUUCUCAGACGAAUGAUUCGCCAUCGGUUAUGGGAAUGCCUACGCUUGCUGAAGUUGGCCUUGCCAGUUCGUGGAUGAUGGAUAUAGCAAAAGGGUGGUACAGUACAGGCUACAGAAGCAUAGAAGUAGUAAAAGUAGAACAGGGAAUUCAAGCAACCCAGAAAAAUGAGAAGGAUCCAAAUAAGGACGCGAUGAUCCAAGAAGAGUGGGGGUGA